ACUACACAGAUGGGUGACAACAUCAACAUUGGCAAAGUCUUAGACAGAGAAUGCUUUAAGUACAACUUCACAUCUUCAACUUCAACUGCAACUGCAACUGCAAGUGACACCUCUGCACAAGAUGGGGUCAUCAAAGAGCAGGAUCGGUUGCUUCCAAUAGCUAAUGUGGGCAGAAUCAUGAAGCAAACUCUUCCCCCUAAUGCCAAGAUCUCAAAAGAAGCAAAAGAAACCAUGCAGGAAUGUGUGUCUGAGUUCAUCAGCUUUGUCACUGGGGAAGCUUCUGACAAGUGUCACAAGGAGAAGCGCAAAACCGUCAAUGGUGACGAUAUUUGCUGGGCCUUGGCUACCCUAGGGUUUGAUGACUACGCUGAGCCUCUUAAAAGGUACUUGCAUAAGUAUAGGGAGUUGGAGGGGGAGAGGGCUACCCAAAAUAAGAGUAACACUUAUGAAAACAUAUAAUUAAAGUCCACAAGGUCCAAUUCCCAUGCUCAACGUCAUUCAUCUAGGUCUUGUUCUUCAUCUGAUCUACUUUUCUUUUCUCCUCACAUUUCAGAUAUUCAAGCUGCUUCUAUCCUUAUUUCGUAUAUAUGUAUGACGUGAGUCCUAUAUGCGUAGACGUGUUUAGACCUUAUCUUUAUUCUCUUCAGGGUUCAAGUUUCUGGGUUUGACACUAGAUCAUCACCUUCUUUCUUGAGAAUCGUGUGAGUUAUAACUAAUCUUUGUAUUUGUAUGCCAGCAAUAAGCUUUAAUCAUUUCCAGAAUUCACGAACAAUAUGCAUGCGUCAUCUUUACUUGUAAAUGCGAAUUUCAAGUUCUUAUUAAACUGGGCAUUGCUGGCUAUAACUUUUUUUAUCCCUUUACUUUCAAAUUGGGAAUUUGAAUAUCUUUAUUUGAACAAUUGAUAAGGCUGCUUCCAAGAGUUUCCACCACUCUCCAUUAAUUUGAUCGAUCAUGUAAAAAGCCCUGCAAUGGUUAAUUUAAUCUCUGUAAGAGAAUGGAAAAGAAAAGUUUGCAAGCACUCACUUCCCACAAUUGGAGGCUAUGGGAGCAUCAGAGACCCAAAAGGAUAUAAUAACUAACCAUAGUACAUGCAGCUAAGAGAUAAAUAAUCUCUUCCCAUGAUUUUGAUCUCAUUAAACAGUAUGCAAUUGCCGGCUAAUCCAGAUUCAAGCUAAGAGAUAUGAUGGAUGCAUUCGACGAAAGUUUUUCUUGUGCAUAUGAAUAUCAGAUACGAUUGCUAUUGAUGUUAAAGGUUUUCGUUUUGUGCAACUUUUGCUUUUGAGCUUUAAUUCUUCCUUUCUUGUUUUUCAAUUUA